AUGGCUACAAAGCCCAUCUGUCACCUACUCCGCAUGCCGUUGGCGAUACUUCUCAUCGUUCUAGAAGACGUGCCCUUCUUCAACUUUCGCCUUGCCUCGAAAGCAUGCCGCAAUGAGUCUCAAUACUUGUUCUUCCGUAGCUUUACAAUCCAUGAUCGCACCCUCCUCGGGCCGAGUCUAUCGUCGCCGAUGCUAGAGAGACUCAGGGAUAGAAACGAAAGAACCGGAGAGUAUGUCAGGCAUCUGAAAAUAGGUCCCUUCAAGGAUGAAGACAAGUUCAAGCUCGAGAUUUUGCCCGUGCUGGAGACUGUCCUAAGGAGCGUCAGUAACUUACAAGACCUUACCUGGCGUGUGAACUGUGAGCUCCCACUAGCCAUGCUCAACUUAUUCUACGAACUGCACCCUUCGGCACGUCUACAUUGGAUCAUUCGAAACCGAAGAUUCCAACCUCUCAACCAUAGUCUGCUUUCUUCUCCUCGACUUCACACUCUCGACGCGGAAAUUUAUGCGACCAUACCCGAGCAAACCGGACAUUCGCUGAGUGAACUAUCUUACAUCAAGAAUACUAUGCCAGCUAGUCUCCAAGUUCUGCGUCUCUCUACUCUUGACGUUGACGAACCCAGCCAGCGUGCGCAGUUCGAAAAAUGGGAAUACGUCAAAUACGGCAUGUUCCACUUUGACUUUCAGCCUGGCGAUCAGUUUCCUGCACUCUUGGAGUUGGCCUUGAGGCAGAACGAGUUUGCUUUGACAGAGCAAAACUGCAAUUUAUGGGCACACGCAACGUCCUGGGAACGCCUGCAACGCCUAGAUCUCCCCAAGGGCACGUCACCUCAUUUCAUCGCCUCCCUCACCAACCGCGCCACCAACCUCAAAUACCUGAAAUUUCACAUCAGUACGCCGGGCUUCAGGGGAGUGUAUCGUCCAUACGGCGAUGGAAAUUGGCUUAACGCCAGAGUUGACACUUUUUCUAUCAUGGCAAGAUUUCUGGCUUCGAUCAAAUCUCUCCACACCCUUGAUUUCGCGUACAAAGACAACGAGAUCCUAAUACGAUAUUUACGCGUCAUGUUGCAAAGCCUUCAUGGAAGUUUGAGGAGCUUGACCAUAUCUGAUAUGGGUGGUUACGAUUACUUUCCCAUGGACCCCUUACCAUCCGGAAAGCCGUAUUGGGAUCCGGAGCAAUACCAAGAGGUGCUUGAGCUAGCACCCGGCUUGGAGCAUCUAAAUGCGCGGAUUGGUACGAGAGACAGUGUUGUGGGAGACUGGGAAUGCCAGGAUCGCUAUGCAGAUGUUAAGAAGAAGUGGAGGACUGCCAAGAAGAAUGUCACCGCUACGGCAAGGGCGAGGACACAGCGGGGCCAGAGAGCGCAGAAGUUGAUUUGGUAG